GUUUACAAAAGUUUAAUGUUCAUACAAGCAUGACAAUUUUUCAAAGUGUACUAGUAUUGUUCAAAGGACAUCUUUUUAUCAUUUAUUCAGAUUGAUUAAUCGAAUUUCAAGUGAGAUUAUUCAGCACACUUUAUUACUGUUCAUGUUGUUAAGACACUGUAGAUGGAAAUGGCAGUGUCUACACUGAGACUUACGGCAGAAGAGAAAAACUACUGGAAGUUUUGCAUGCUCAAUGUCAGGGUUGUACCAGGUGCACUGCGCAGUUACUUUGACGGGCUAAUACCACCUACAUAUUUAGCUACCACAAUCAACAACUAUUCAUCAACGAUUCUAAACCUUGUAACAUGGAAAGUUAUCAACGCUGCACAACUCAAUAUACUUCAGAGAAUACCUGGAACAAUAUGGCCAUCCAAAGUCACUCCAGUACCAAUUGGAUCUACAGAUACAUUCUCCGCACAUUUUGAUGUGACAUUGAUGGUGUGCUUACUAAGGAACAUAACAUUACCAGGAAUAUCCCAACCAGUGACAGGAUGGGAUACUCUCCCUAACCCUAAUGACAUUUGUCCAGGGGCGUAUUUAGCAAGAACAAAAUACUAUCGCAAUGAGAUAGCGCAUUCAACUGAACACACAUUGAAUACAUUUGACUUUCAGGAUAAAUGGAAAGCAUUGAGUGAGGCAAUCAAAUUCUUUAAUGGUGGGUCUCAUCCUAACGACAUUUUAGAUAUUUGGCAUUGCGACCUGGAUGGAUCACAUAAUGGUGAUGUUGUUACAGCCUUGUCUACUGAAAUCGAUGAAAUCAAACGUGACCUGACUUUGGUUGAAGUCGAAAACAAUCAAAUAAAAAAAGACCUCAAACGAACUAAAUUACAACUUGAAGAUGUUCGAAAUAACUUUGCUCAUUAUAAGCGUAACACCCCACCAAAAAGAAAUUUAGGUUGGUAA